AUGCAAAACAUCGGUCUCCGCACACCUGGCGUGCUAAGCAUCGUAUUCGGCGCUCAAGGCGCCUUCCUCCUGGCCAAUGCCGUCUACACCUUGGCAUACCCUUCUGCCGCGUCGAACCUUCCCGACUCUCCUCUAGCUGGAGUUCCUAGCCAUACAGUUCGAUGCAUUGGCGUGACGUCUCUUUCGACGGGGACAAUUUACGCCAUUGCGAGCUACCAGCGCAAUAUUCCGAUUAUGGUUGCUUCGCUGCCUGGUCGUCUUUUUGCCGGUUUUGUAUUUUAUCGGAAUGGCGGUGCUUGGACUCGGGUUGCGAUAUUUGAAGUUUGUAUGGGGCUGGUGAACGCCGCAGCACUUGUUUGGGAUUUAUACAUAUAA